GCUGCCCCCGCGGGCCUCGGGCGUGCGUCUGCCUCGGGAAGGGCUAUGAUCGUUCUGGGCUGCGUCUCAGGCGCUCGUUAAAGGCGUAGCCAGCCCAGCCAUGGCUCUGAGGGAGCUGAAAGUUUGCCUUCUGGGGGACACUGGUGUUGGCAAAUCAAGUAUCGUGUGGAGAUUUGUAGAAGAUAGCUUUGAUCCCAACAUCAACCCAACAAUAGGAGCCUCAUUUAUGACCAAGACUGUACAGUAUCAAAAUGAGCUGCACAAAUUCCUUAUUUGGGAUACAGCUGGACAGGAGCGGUUUCGUGCUUUAGCCCCAAUGUAUUACAGAGGGUCAGCAGCAGCCAUUAUAGUAUAUGACAUCACAAAAGAGGAAACUUUCUCAACAUUAAAGAACUGGGUUAAAGAGCUUCGACAGCAUGGACCUCCAAACAUUGUUGUGGCUAUUGCAGGAAAUAAGUGUGAUCUUAAUGAUGUAAGAGAAGUCAUGGAAAAAGAUGCUAAAGACUAUGCAGAUUCCAUUCAUGCAAUAUUUGUAGAGACAAGUGCGAAAAAUGCAAUAAACAUUAAUGAACUCUUUAUAGAAAUUAGAUAUGUUUCAGGCAGCAGCACCAAUGUGCAGGUCGCAGAAUUCCAUCAACUGACACCAACCCCCCGUCUAGUGGUAAGGGCUUCAAACUUAGAAGACAGCCAUCGGUGACAAAGCGCAGCUGCUGUUGACUGAUCCCUUAGAAAAUCAGACUUGUUUAUACAGUAGGUGGUCUUGGAAGUUAAUAGUUCACAUUGGGUUUAUAUUAUCAGUCUUAGAUCUUUAUCUGCUGGUGCUCAUGCACCCAAGGUCCCUCAAAAUAUGGACCCGUUCAUCUGACAUCUGUAUACUCGUGGAAAAGACUGCAAUCGUAAUGUCAGCCUGUUUACUUACAAAAAGUGUAGUAUCUCUUGCAUUCAAAGGGAAUCCAUCAUUGCUUUUUUUGUCUUGCUUGAAAGGAGGGUGACUAUAUGGAUGGUAGAACUGAAAUGUUACAUAGUUUUGUAAUCAAGAUUUUAGGGUUGGUUUUGUUUUGGUCUUUUGUAAAAAGGGAAAUGAGCACUUUUGUGGGACUUAAGGGUGGGAGGAGUCUGGAAGUUAGAUGUCAUUUCCUUUUCUUCAGUGAGCCUUAUUUUAAAUGUAAUUGUAGCUAAUCCAAAGUAUGAUGGGACAGUUGAUGUGAGGUGGCUACAGAAUACGCAACUGAAGACAAAUAAUAGGCAAAUCAGUCCAUCCAGUCCCGAAAUCCCAUUUGCACUUUUUAUUUAAAGAUGAUAUGCGCCGGGGGUGGGGACACAAGCAACAGAUCUUAAACCACAGACAAUCUUUUUUUCAUGCUGACUCUAAUCACUUUAAGGCAAACUGAUACGCUUAUAGGCAUCUUUUUGUUCCUACAAGUUUUUUAGUAUUAAGAUGUUGGUUGAAGACAACAUAGUUGUAGUUCUGACUAAAUUAAGUGGUUACUGACUAAAAACAGAUGCUGUAAACGGAUGCUGCCAGUGGUUCUGAUAAGACCUAAAAGGUUUGAGGGGAAAGCUUUUAAUUCUUGGCAUGUGUAAAGUGUUCAUAUUAUAUUUAUGAGACCAGUGUUUGUUUAAAGUAUUAUAAAUUAUGUAAAAAAUAAUGCAAUCUUAUACUCUCCUUCCAUUCCACACCUAUGGAUAAACUCCUGGGGAAUCUCCAUCAGGUUGGGUUUUUUUUUUCCUGCUUUUUAGGUAUUGUCACUGUGAGUUCAUCCAGAGGCAGACUGAAAUUCUUUCAAUCACAUUUGAAGGGGUCAAUAGAGAAUGCUGUUGGUGCAGGAUGAGGUCUGUCUGAAAAAGUUUUCAUCUGUAGUGCACUCAGUCUUUCCUGUUUUGGUCACAAAAAUAUGAAUAGGAAGUAACCUUAAGACGUGGUAAUGUAGAUCGUUACCUCUUGAUUCCUGGGCCUUUUCAUCUGUGAGGGUUUUUAGCAAUCAGUGUGUAGCUUACUCUGUGUUUGGUUUUAGUACACUUUCAAUUAAACUAUAGGUUGACCAUAUCCAUUUGUGCUAUUUUAUUUAUUUUACUUUGUUUCCCACCAGCACUAGCGAGAAACUUCGUAUUUUUGAAGAAGAGCUUAAUAGACUUGAGUAUAUUCUAAAAUACGCUGUUUAGCUUUAGUAUCAACAUGAGGUCACGUUGAUGAUGCUUAUUCUUUGUUUGUAAUCUGGUUUUCUAUCAUCUCAAGUAUUUUCUCUGAAGGAAAUGUAGAAAAGUUUGUGAGAAAUGAAAGGACUUGUACUUCAGAUUAGUUUGUGUUAGUUCUUGUAGAGCUGUUCUGGAGCAAAUCCAGAUGAACCAUUACAGUGAGGUUUUAAACGGGUCAGUAUGACUUAAUGAAAAUUGGUGACUGCAUUUUUAUCACCCCUUUUACUUACCCUGCAUCGUCAGAUAUGCCUUCUUUGCCACAGUUGUACAGGCUAUGUGCUUACAGAGAGCCCAGGAAGUAUGCCUUCAUCAAGCAAAGGCUGUACAAAGCUGCUUUGAAACAUUGGUCCUUAACAAAGCAUCUCAUAGUAGAGGCAGAUCGGUGUUUGGUGUUCAGCCUGAUGUAUAUUUUUUUCUUCUGUCACUCAGAGCAAAUAAACUAUGAACAGAAAAUAUUAGUACUCCAUCAAAAUGUGCAAUGGAAAUAUAAUUAGUAAAGAAAGAACAGAGUAAGCUUGAUCUUGGGCAUAUUUUUAUUAUAAAAAAGCAGGUUAGCAAUUGAAUGUAGAACUUUCACAGUGGCAGUCAUGGAAAUCCCUAAUUUCUUUGACAUAUCUCAAUUCUUACUCCCAGCAAAUUUAAAAAAAAAUAAAUUGUGUGGUUACCUAAUUCAACUAGGUUUUUAAAAUGUUUUGAGUUCACAGUGCUUCGGAAGUCUAUUCUAUACCAAGAUACCAGUGCUUUAGUAUCUUAACUGUCAUAUAGAAAGUACUGCUUUUAUUAAAGUUGGUUAGGAAUAAAUCUGGAAAUUUUUGAACUUCAAAAGGUUGUAGUAGGAGAAGGAAAGUCUCAGAUAUGCUUUCAUGUAGAUUAGUAGAAAAAGGAAUUCAGACGUUCUAAAUUGUUAUUGCCUGUUAGCAUGUGGUAAGAAUGGAGUUUAAAUCUGUUUUUCAAUGAGAUAACAAAAAUAGUUUAAUAGUAUUUAUCCAAGACUUAGUGACUUGAGAAGAAAAUAUUGGACUCUAUUGGACUCUAGGCAAGACAGCGAACUAGGCUAGUACGGAGAUUGUAGUUCUCUCCAGUCAGGAGAGAGAUCCAUAUAUCUUAGCAAAUCUUUAUGAACUGUUUUCUGAUCUAGCCUCCCUUAUUUGCUAUACACCAAAAUUAAACUUUAAAAACAACCAACCAACCCCCGCACCCACUCUGAAGCACUGAAGAGGCAGCAGCAAUCUGGCCCUUCUCAAAUGCAGCAAAGUCUUAAUGCCUCAGACUCCUUUUGUUUUGUUACCAGUUGGAGUGGAAUGCCAGCAUACUUCAUAUCCUUUUUGCAGUUCUGAUCUGAAUUACUGCAGUUAAUGAAAACAUGGAAAUAGCCAGUGUUUCAGAUUGUCCAAACUGCAAACGCUGAAGCGAGGCUGCUUUUUAACACAUGCCUAUUUAAAAUGACAGACUGUUGAUGUAACUUCUUUUGAGCCAAGAUAACUGCUUAUUGAUCAGUUGGCCCUAGCUGAAAGCUGGAAUGCAGUCUUCCCUGGAUGAGAUGCAUGUGUUCAUUGUUUCAUUUUUGUUGGAGAAAAAUGGUUUCUUCUGUAUUAAUAAUUCGUUAGGCCAUCUGCUUUCAUCUUGCACUAGGCUUGCUGAAAUUGAUUAUAUUUUGUCCUAACAUAGCUUCUCUAUUUGGAGAUGCAUUAGCCUUGGAGUGUUUGGAGUGCUGAUUGUCAACCAUUCCAGCUAAAUUUUUAAUAACUUUUUUCUGUUGAAGUUGUUGAAAAAGCUGAGGACUGAAGUUUCAUUCCAUUAUGCCUUCCUGUUUAAUGACUGGAGCUCAUCAUAGAGACCAGACUUUCAGAUACUCUCAAAGGGAAUUGCUGCAAAGCAAGUUUGGAAGGGUGAAGUAUCAUGUAUGUAAAAAAUGUAAUGAGGUGCAUGUCAUGUCAUAGAUCCGGAGCAUUUUUUAACUGACAGAUGACUGUUUCAACUUCUAACCAAUACCAUUUCUUUCCCACAGAAGUUACAGAUUUGUACAAAAAUAUCAAGCGAUAAAUGUUUAGUUCUUAAGCUUUGGAGCAACUUAAAUGUGCUCCAGAAGUUUUGGAGGGUGUCUUCAUCUGACCCUCUAAAUUACAACAGUCUCUUAGCUGACUUGCCAGGCUCUCGAUCUGUGUUGUAGGUAGUUUUGUAGUACAUUUUUAUAUCCAUGCUGAAAACUGCCGUACUAAAUGCCUAAGUAGGUGGAAUCUGGAAGCUUAUGUUUAACAACAGAAGCAUCUAGUGGUUAAGCUACUGAAAAUUGUAAUAGGUGCUUUGAAAAGUUCUAAGACAAUUCUAACAACUUUUGCUGUUGCCAAGAAGGCAAAGACUUGAUUUAUGUUACUAGAUCCAUGUUGAUACAAAACAAAUCAUUGUGCUUCAAACCCCUACUGACAUCAGGGAGACUUCCUCUGAGUGCUACAGGAUCAGACAUUUAAUAGUUUAGAGGGGCGUUCUAGGCGGACUUGAGUCUUUGAUGUGUUGGUGUACAUAAUACCAAUUUAAUGCUACCAGCCAGCUCAAGAAAGGUUAUUUACAUACUUGGGAAGAGAGUAGGAGGAGAGGAGGCAAUGCCUACUUACUGAUGUGGAAGUCUAAUCCUUUAACCUGGUUGAGAGGUGUGGGAUUCAUUGGGAGCUGUCUAUGUUCAUGGUUAAAGCUUCAUUUUAAUUAUCAAAAAAUAAUUCAGGUUGAAUAUCUUGAAUGGUUUAAAAGUUGGCCUCAGUAAGAUUUUUGUUACUAUGUUAAUCCUAAAUUAAUCCUUAACAUCAGUGUUGAUUUCCAGAAUAACAAACUGAGUAUUAGUUGGAAAUGGAAGCUUUAUAAGUGAUGUUUGAAUGGCUUUUGUGAACCAAGUCUGUAGUGUUUAUUAAGGAUGCUGUAGUCUAUUUGUGGUGUGCUAUAUCAGCAAUCUGCAAAGACUAUCUUGGGAAUUGAUGAUUUACAGGACAGAAGCUGUCUGAACUCUGUAGCUAACCACCCUGUAGCAAACCUCAGUUAUAAGCAGCAAUAGCUACAAAGAAGUAGAAAAAAAAAAUCGUCUCAGACAUGAGGAGAAUCUGAUUAAUUCACUGACUUCUACACUGCCUUUUCACUUUCUAAAAAGCUUCAUGUAUCACUCUUAAAUGCUUUAAACCUCUAAAAAAAAGAGGCUUUUCUGUUCAUGAACAAGAAAGGAUGACAAACUUUCUUAGCUUUUUUAGCAGGAAGUUGUUUGUAUGUGACGAGUCAGUUACUUGAAGCAGAAUUGUGUGCUUGGAACUAAGCUUCUAAAAAAAAUCUGCACAAAAAUUCUCUAGAGAACUUAAAAUUUUAAGUUCACAUCAUAUUCCUAGUAAUAGAUCACAGCCCUAGGAAUGGUAGGUGACGGAAGAUUUAUAGGUAUGAGAUGGCUGUGUCAAUUACCAAUCUAAGAUAGAAAUACAGGUUCUAAUAUUAAAAAAAAAAGUCAGCUGUCCUUUUCGGAGUCAGAUGGCUCCAGCUUGUCAAUAGAAAUAUACUUGGAACCACAUCGUUGUUUCUCAUAUAAGAAUUCAUGUGCCAAAAUAUAUUUACCUAAAAUUAUUAGGCUUUCUGACACCAAUGCUCAUUUCUGAAAAAUCCCUUGUGAUACUUUGGAGCUUUCAAAAGUUUGAAUGCAAACUCCUCCUUGGUCAGCUAGGAUCAAAAAUGCAUUUCUUGGAAAAAUCAAACGAGCGUUACCAAACUUUAUCCAUAAAGUGUCGCAGAUAACAAAUCCUUCAAGGGAUAUGUGACUAUCCUGAAACCCAGGAGUCCUGAUGGGCUUAGUCUCUGACAUGUCAAAGUGAUCCUCGGGUCAGCUUUUUCCUCCUCCCACCUCCCAUUUUCCCCCCACCCUGAAUUUUUAACAUAGUGUUGUCAGAGUGUACAUGCUAUAAACAGCUAUUUAAAAAUACUUGGAAAAGUUCUAGUGUUUUAGUUAUUUGGUGCUUCCUAUUUUACAUGGAAAAAUCAAAGCAGUAGGAUGAUUUGUCUCUGAAAAAUUGGGACAGCAUUUGCUGAAACUGCUCUCAUUCUAGAAAAAAGACUACUUAGAAACAAUUUUGCUUUUACCGUUACAUCAUCCUGCAAGUUGGGGUUCUUAAAUUUUUGUUGAAACACUAACAAUGAAUUUUAUUCAAGGAGCUGAUGACCUUUGUAAAGGUACUGUUCUGUUAAGGAGGCUGGGUUUUUCUUUGUUUUGUUUCUGUUAAUUUUUUCACAUAUGUAUUAUUGAACAAACCAACUGCUACUUCUUCACAUUUUGAAGGAUACAGACCACUCUCUGUCAUGCUCUUCCUUUUGUGUGAGUGUGAUACUCCAUCCAGUUGCUGCACUUGGAUAUGCUGUAACUCUGACACCUCGAGAGGUUCACUGCUACUUUCUUGCCACACUUUUAUUCAUGUUACAGUAUGUAUUUCUUAUUAAAUCUAUUAUGUUUUCUUGACAACUUGUUCCUUUGUUUCCUUAUGGGACUUAGUCAAGAAUAAGUGGCGAGUGUCUUUUUCUCCUCGAAGGUUCUAGAAGUAUGUCACAGCAGCAAAUGUUUGGAAACAAAAUGGUAAUUUGCUAGUACAGUCUUGUGACACUGUUAUGAAAACAUUGUGGCUGAAACACGUACCACUACUGUAUUAUACCAUGCAACGAAGGCUAAAAGCAUAUUCACCUGGGAGAGCAAAUUAUUGUAGGGCUCUAGUAACAUGAUGUCAACUCUUCUAUAUCUUAACUUCCUUUUUUAUACUUCCUAUUUCUGAAUAUCGUUUGUCCAACAUUGAAAUUGUGAUGCGGUGAAUUGAUUUAAGAGACAGAAAUGAGUUGUGUUUCUGUAGCUGUAAGACACUUAAGACUUCCUGGUAAUCUUCCCCCUUGUACCUCCCACCCCCAGUACAA